UCUUCCCGAGUCACAUUAAAGAUUCGUUCAAAAUGAACGAAUCGUUCAAGAAGAACGACCCAUCACUAGUUUACAAGCGGCUCGCGCAGGAUCUGUAGUUCGACAUCGCCAGCUCCUGCAGCUUGAUUACAGAUUAAAAAAGAGCGAUGCAGCACCUAAAGCAUUGCCAAGGUCUUGCUCAGGUCUUCCUUAUCAGGAAUCAAAGUUCCAGACUUUCAAAGAGCGUUAUCCCGUCACUGUCCGUGUGGGAUGGUCAUCUCUCUUGUCGCUGGAGGAGCACCGGUGGACAUGGAAGACAGAAAUACUUUAAUAACAGGCUGCCGAAGUUUAGAUUCGCUCUGGCAGGGCUGCUGGCAGGUACAGGAGCUGUUUUCGCCUAUAAGCUCCACCAAGACAAGGUUCAGUGGGCUGCUACCUCAGCACAGUUACGGGUAACGCAGACUUCAGAUCUUCCCGUUUACACCCUAGAAGAAGUCACAAAGCAUUGUUCCCUUGACAGUGGUGUGUGGGUCACCUAUAAAGGAGGAGUCUACGAUAUCACUGAAUUUGUGUCCAUGCACCCUGGUGGCGACAAAAUACUUCUGGCUGCAGGUGGAUCUCUGGAACCGUACUGGGCAUUAUAUGCCGUUCAUCAGCAAGACCAUGUCCUAGAACUCCUCUCAGAGUAUAAAAUUGGUGUUCUUAAUCCAGAGAGUUACAAGAAGCAAGAGAGUGCCAACCCUUUAGACCCUUACUCUGCUGAGCCAACACGUCACCCUGCUCUUCAGAUCAACAGUCUGAAACCUUUCAACGCCGAACCACCUGCAUCUAUACUUUCGGAUAAUUAUAUCACCCCUUCAGUCAUAUUUUUUAAGCGUAAUCAUCUUCCAGUGCCCAGGGUGGAUCCUGAAGCUUACAGGUUGGAGAUCGAGGGUCUCCCUGGUGGAGUAGUAUCUCUUAGUUUAAGUGAGCUAAAGUCUCGUUUUCCAAAACACACCAUUACAGCGACGCUUCAGUGCGCCGGGAACCGUCGUUCUGAGAUGAACGAAGUCAAGCAAGUCAAAGGACUCAAUUGGGGCAUCGCCGCAAUAAGCAACGCUACAUGGUCAGGUGCACGUCUGCGGGAUGUACUGUUGUCCUAUGGCUUUGGACCUGAGGUUGCAGCAAAAGCUAAACAUGUCCAGUUUGAAGGGUUAGACAAGGAUGUGACGGGUACAGCAUACGGUGCAUCUGUUCCACUGAACAAGGCUAUGAGCGAAGAAGGUGACGUUCUCCUCGCGUAUGAGAUGAACGGCGAGGACCUCCCACCUGACCACGGCUACCCUGUCCGUGUAGUUGUACCUGGAGUUGUCGGAGCCCGCAAUGUCAAAUGGUUGGGCAAAAUUGUUGUAAGUGACGAAGAAAGCAAGAGCCACUGGCAGCAGAAUGAUUACAAAGGCUUUUCUCCAGGCACUGACUGGGACACUGUGGACUUCAAAUCAGCACCAGCCAUCCAGGAGCUCCCCAUACAGUCAGCCAUCACUCACCCAGCAGAGGGAACCUCAGUAGACCGCAGUGAUGGGGAGGUGACUGUGAAAGGCUAUGCGUGGAGUGGGGGAGGAAGAGAGGUUGUGAGAGUGGACGUCUCGGUCGAUGGAGGGAAAACGUGGCAUGUAGCCCAACUUCGCACCAGUGAUCAAGAACAGCACCCUGCUCCUCCUCCUCCACCUGGAAGAGCCUGGGCUUGGAAGCUGUGGGAGAUAGACGUCCCAAUUCCUCAAAGGGCUCAGGAGCUGGAGAUUGUGUGCAAAGCAGUGGACAGUAGUUACAACACACAGCCAGACACUGUCGCUCCUAUCUGGAACUUACGAGGAGUGCUUAGUAAUGCGUGGCAUCGAGUAAAGGUAAAAGUGAGCGAGGGUUUCUAAGACCAAAAAUGAACUUUGUACGUGAACGUAAAAUGUGUAUAAACAAAAUUGUUGGAAUUUUCUUCGGUGCUGGUUGGAUUGUAGCUUUGCAACUGUUUUGAGCUUGUGGUUUCUUGAAAGUGCUUGAAAUUGUUUUGAUUUUACUCACAUAACUGGCUUGAUGAAUAAUUUUGUACUUAAUGUACUUAAAGUACUCUGUUUUAACGCACUAUUUAUUUUAGUAUAUUAUGUAAGUGCACUUUUUUUUUUUUUACCUAGAUUGUUAUCAUGAAAUCUUAUGACAUGUAAACCACUUUGUUCAUAAUUGUAUUCUGAACAUCAACAUAGGCUUUUAAUGAUGAAGGCCUGCAUUUCACUAACAACUGAUUAUGUUACAUAAACGGCCUACAAAUAAGGUCUGUUUAAGAAUUGUAUUCUUAUUUUUAUAUAUAUUUUCAAAUAAAAUUAUUCAACCCCCAGAAA